AUGGCAGACCCGCCGCCUGAUGAUUCGGCGCCGGUUAGGCUGAAAGACCUUGAGAACAUCUACAUGGAUGGACCUAGCAAAAGACCUGAAGCACUUUCAUUUGAAACUUUGAUUGAUUCACUUAUAUGUCUAUACGACGAAUGCUGCAACAGCACACUGAGGAAGGAAAAAUGUAUUGCAGAGUUUGUGGAAUCAGUGAAAACGGUCAUUGGGAAAGCUAAAAAGUUGCGGCUAGGCAGGGACGAUUUCGAAGUGCUCAAAGUGAUUGGAAAAGGAGCGUUUGGAGAAGUGGCCGUUGUUAGAAUGCGUGGCGUCGGUGAAAUUUAUGCCAUGAAAAUUCUGAACAAAUGGGAAAUGGUUAAAAGAGCAGAGACUGCUUGUUUUCGGGAAGAACGAGAUGUUUUAGUCUACGGAGACAGAAGGUGGAUCACGAAUCUGCAUUAUGCUUUUCAAGAUGAGAAGAAUUUGUAUUUCGUUAUGGACUAUUACAUUGGUGGCGAUAUGCUCACUCUUCUUUCCAAAUUCGUCGAUCAUAUUCCUGAAUCUAUGGCGAAGUUUUAUAUCGCUGAAAUGGUACUUGCAAUCGACUCACUUCAUCGCUUAGGAUACGUACAUCGAGAUGUGAAACCAGACAACGUGCUUCUCGAUAUGCAAGGACACAUUCGGUUAGCAGAUUUUGGAAGUUGUCUCCGAAUUCUGCCCGACGGAUCAGUAGCGUCAAACGUGGCCGUCGGAACACCCGAUUACAUUUCUCCUGAAAUCCUGAGAGCAAUGGAAGAUGGAAGGGGACGAUAUGGAAAAGAAUGUGAUUGGUGGUCACUCGGUAUUUGUAUGUACGAAAUGUUGUAUGGAACAACGCCGUUUUACUCGGAAAGACUCGUGGACACUUACGGAAAAAUCAUGAGUCAUCAAGAUAUGCUUGAUUUUCCUGAUGACGAAAUUGACUGGGUUGUAUCAGAGGAGGCCAAAGAUCUUAUAAGACAACUCAUCUGUUCUAGUGACGUCCGAUUCGGACGAAACGGUCUCAGUGAUUUCCAGUCACAUCCGUUUUUUGAGGGAAUCGAUUGGAACACCAUCAGAGACUCGAGUCCUCCCUACAAGCCAGAAGUUUCCAGUCCCGAAGACACUUCGAAUUUUGACGUCGACGUCUGUGAAGAUGAUUUUACUCCAUGUGAAACACAACCUCCGAGAGUGCUAGCCGCUUUCACUGGAAACCAUCUUCCCUUCGUUGGUUUUUCGUACACACAUGGAAGUUUGCUCUCCGAUGCGCGCUCUUUAACAGACGAAAUACGAGCGAUCGCUCAACGAUGCCAGGGAGACGCUGAGCUCAUGGAAAAAAGUGUCGAUGGUUUUAUGGUGGAACUGGAGAACGAGAAAGCUGAAUUAGUGCAAAAACUGAAAGAAGCUCAAAUUAUCAUCGCCCAGCACGUUGCAGAAAAUCCCAGGACGGGUGAAGACAGAAAUUAUGAAGCGACGAUAGCACAGUUAAAAGACGAGAUACAAAUUCUGAAUAAGCGUUUGGAAGAUGAAGCCGUCGCUCAACAACAACAGAAACCAAAGGAUGAAAUUGUGGUGGAAAGUGAGAAAAAAUUGAAAGAGCUGAAAGAACGAAACAAGCAAUUGGUUAUGGAGAAGGGCGAGAUUCAAAGAGAAUUGGAUAAUAUCAAUGAUCAUUUGGAUCAAGUUUUGGUGGAAAAAGCGACUGUCGUACAACAACGAGAUGAUAUGCAAGCAGAGUUGACCGAUAUUGGAGAUGCGUUGUUGAGUGAAAAGGAUGCUGUGAAACGGUUACAAGAGGAAUCAGAAAAAGCUAAGAAGCAGACGACAGAGUUGGAAGAGAAAUUGAAGGACGUUGAAGCAGAAAAAGUGAUAUUGAUCAAGAAGCAAGAAGAAGUGACACUGGAAGCUCGGAAAUCUGUCGAAACCGACGAUCAUCUCUCCGAAGAAGUUGUUGCUGCAAAGAAAAACAUCGCCACACUGCAGACGGCCAACGAGGAAAAGGAAGCUGAAAUCAAGAAGUUGAAACAGCGGAUGGAGGAAGAACGUGCAAAUCAUACAGCUCAAUCGGAGCAGGAAAUGAAGCAGUUGGAGGCUCACUACGAACGAGCUCAGAAGAUGCUUCAAGACAAUGUCGAGCAGAUGAACGUGGAAAAUCGUGGCCUUCGAGAUGAAAUCGAGAAGUUGUCACAACAAAUGGCUGCUCUUCCACGUGGCGCUCUUACUGAACAACAGCUUCUGGAACUGUUCAACUGGGUCAACGAAGAGAAAGCAACACGUGAGGAGAUGGAGAACUUGACAAGAAAGAUAACAGGAGAGGUGGAGUCACUGAAGAACAACUCACCGUUGACGACAUCCAACUACAUCCAGAAUACUCCUUCAGGAUGGGGUUCACGAAGAAUGAAUAAUGUUGCUAGAAAAGACGGACUCGAUCUUCAACGGCAACUUCAAGCCGAGAUCGAUGCUAAACUGAAAUUGAAAUCUGAACUCAAAAACAGCCAAGAACAGUAUCUGACUGCCACUGCUCGUUUAGAAGAUACUGAAAAGCGGAUGGCUUCAUUGAUGAGAGAAGUGACAAUGCUCAAACAACAGAAGCACACAGAUAUUUCCACGGAUAGUGCCUUCUCCUCGUCAAUCGGUCGUGGUGAUUUGAUGAUUAGUAUGAACAAUGACUAUGAGAUGUCAAAUUCAUCUCUGAUGCGACAAGAAAUGAUCUCAAGACAAUCGACACCUUCUUACGAAAACGCAAUUCUGCUCCAUGACCACCAAGCUCCAAAACGAGUUGAUGAUUUGAGAUAUAAGCAAAAACCGAUGAAGGCGUCUAGUGGAAUUUUCUCUCCGGCUUCUGUAUCUACUAUGGAAAGAGGACACAACUUUGAGAGAAUGAAAAUCAAAACUCCAACAAAGUGUGGGCAUUGCACAUCGAUUCUCAUUGGACUCGAUCGUCAAGGACUCUACUGUCAAAGCUGUCAAUACGCAUGCCACGUGUCAUGUGCUGAACGGGUUUCCCAAUCGUGUCCGGUACCAGAAGAAGAACGUCGACCACUGGGAAUAGAUCCAACACGUGGAGUGGGAACUGCUUAUGAAGGUCUCGUCAAGACACCACGGAUUGGCGGAGUUCGCAAAGGAUGGCAGACCGCCUAUGUGGUUGUCUGUGACUUCAAGCUUUACUUGUACGACUGCACUGUGGAUAAACAGAAUAAGAUGCAAGAUGUGAAAAAUGAAAUCCGUUUAGUUUUGGAUAUGCGAGAUCCUGAUUUUACAGUUUGCGGAGUUAGCGAAGCUGAUGUCAUUCAUGCCCAGAAGAACGAUGUUCCGAAGAUCUUCCGUGUGACAACAACUCAAAUCAUGAACUCGUCAUCUGAGUAUUCGUCCUCAUCCAAGUUUUACACCUUGUUCAUGGCUGAGACUGAAGAAGAAAAAAGGAAGUGGGUCGUUGCAUUGAGUGAACUGAAGACAUUGCUGAGGAGGUCAAAACUAGCCGAUCGCAAAGCAUUCGUCGUCAAAGAAGUCUUCGAUGUUACGACACUCCCAUCUAUCAGAGUUGCUCAGUGUUGUGCAAUCAUUGAUCGCUCCAAAGUCGUCAUCGGUUUCUCUGACCACGGACUCUACUGUGUUGAAAUCAACCGACAAGUAUUGAUUCCAGUUGGUGGAGAGAAGGAGAACAAGCAACGAUGCGUGGAAACAGUUGAAUACGAUGAAGCAGAGCAACUGCUGCUGAUGAUUGUUGGACCAGCUAAAGAUCGCCAUGUUCGAAUUGUUCCUAGUGCCGCAUUGGAUGGACGAGACUUGAAAUGGAUCAAGGUGAACGAUACAAAAGGAUGUCAUUUGAUGGCUGUGGGAACCAACAAUCCAAGUGGUCGAGCCGGAUAUUUCGCAGUUGCUUUCAAGAAGAGUGUCACGAUAUUCCAGAUAGAUCGUUCAGAAAAGAGGCAUAAAAAGUGGAAGGAUUUGGCUAUGCCAGGAACCCCACAAUCCAUGGCCAUCUUCAACGGUCGUCUCUACGUUGGCUUUCCACACAGUUUCCGUUCCUGGUCGCUUGCCAGUGCCGAUCCAUUGGCUUCGGGAGAUGGUAUUAUUCUUCAACACAUUUCCCUAAUCAACAUGGAAGACACCUCGUUACAAUUCCUCAACCAACACACUCAAUACGAAGCCAAGCUUAUUGUCAACCUGCCAGGAUCUCCUGAUGAAUAUCUCCUCGUUUUCAAUAUGAUUGGUCUUUACGUCAACGAGAUGGGACGUCGUUCGCGUCUUCCAGAAGUGAUGUUCCCAACACAAGCCAAAUAUUUUACAUACCACGAACCGUAUCUUUGUGUAUUUUCCGAGAAUGAGGUGGACAUUUUCAAUGUGACGCUUGCCGAAUGGGUUCAAACGAUUAAUUUGAGGUCGGCAAAGCCACUCUCCAACGAUGGAAUACUGUCAAUGUGUCUGUGCAAUGAUUCUCCAAUAUUCGUACUUCUUCAAAAUGUGCUUCAAGAUCAGGAUUCUAUUGAAGUGCCUGUCAAUUUGGCAUCGGGAAGCACGGAUGGACGCAAAGUGACUCGACGAAAGUUCACUUUCAAAACGCAUGGAAAGGAUGAUAGAAGUGCUUCGGAGCGUCGGAGUCAUAUCCAAAUCUCAACGCCGUCGGAUUUCAUGCAUGUAGUGCAUAUGGGACCGGCGCCUGCCACAGAACUUCAGAAAAAUUUCAUCGACUUGCAGUCGAACCACUCCCACACUUCUUCGGAUAAGGAUUCGCUGAACAGAUCUGUAAAUAACGACUAA